UGAUGUUUGGUGUCUUAGGAUUAUAAGAAUGACCGAGGUGUACUCUAAAAAAACCAGACCAAAAACUGCUUAUAGAAUGGUUUUCUUCAGUGCAUUAAAUGAAAGUCGACCUCGUACAGAAUAUGGGCAACCUAUGAUGCCAUUAAAGAAAGGUAGAUCAAGCACUGAUUAUUUAUAUGAUAUUAACCAAUGUCAUGAGAGGCCGAUAUCAACUCCAGAUAUAUAUGGUUUUGGUAAAAUCAAACAGUUAAAAACUGAUGAAAAAGAGACAAUGAGUUCUGCACGUUAUGAAAACCUAGAAUUAUUAGUGCCUUAUCAAGUACAAAUUAAAGAAGAUAGCAUUGAUCAUUUUUCAGUUGAACAAUUAAUUAAAAAUUUUGAAUAUCAUUAUACACAGAUUUUGUUAAGAACUUUGACAAUUCUGUUUCAACAUUAAAUUACUGGCUCAAAAAGUCUCCAAAGUUUGCAACUGCUGUUGAGCUUAUUCAAAUGCAUCCUCAAUGUGAAAAUCUUGGUCUUCAGCAUCAUAUGCUGGAGCCAAUACAAAGGAUUCCUCGCUAUAAACUGCUUUUACAAGAUUAUAUAAAGAAAUUACCAAUCAAUUCUACAGACUAUAAUGAAGCUGAAGAAUCACUAACUAUUAUUUCAAAAGCUGCAGAGAAUGCAAACAGCUCUUUAAGAGAUAAUGAUAAAUUUAAAGUCCUUUUAAACAUUCAAGAGCGCAUUGUAGAUGGAUUGAGGGGAGAGAGUUUGGUUACUGCUAGCAGGGCAUUUUUAAAAGAAGGAGUAUUAACAAAACUUGCUGCAAGAAGUGGUACUAGAAAUGUUCGAACUAUCCUACUAUUUAGUGAUCUUCUGCUUUGUUGCUGCGAGUCAACUAUUGGUAAAUUAAGAGUUCGCCAAAUCAUGGAUCUGAUUGGUCUUCAUAUUGUUCAAGAUGAUUCACUUCCAGAAAACUCUUUCAGAAUCCAGAGUCGACAGCGUAUACUUGAUUUGAUUGCUAACACACUUGAAGAAAAAGAAGAAUGGGUCUCAGCAAUUAAAAAUGCUGUUGAUGAUAUUGACAAUAAGAGAGGUACUUUGAUUUGCAAAGCAUUAGAAAAUGAUGAAGGAAUUAAUAAUGAUAUUGUUGGUCAGAAAGCUCCAUUGUGGGUUAAAGAUGAGGAUGUAACAAUGUGUAUGUUAUGUACCUUAAAAUUUGGGCUUAUAUACAGAAAGCACCAUUGUCGUGGUUGCGGAAAAGUGGUUUGUGAUAAGUGUUCAAACUAUCGCUCAGUUCUUGCAUAUGCUGGUAAUCAACUUCAGAGAUUAUGUCAUUGUUGUUUUAAAAAAUUGAAUCCAAACAUUAACCUGGAAUCAUUCCCUGAUGACAAAGAAUUAGAUCUUUCUAGACAAUCUAAUGCAUUCUCAGAUAUGAGUGGAUUUUUGUUUUGGAAAGCACCUGGUAAAAGUUGGUCAAAGGAAUGGGUAGUUCUUUCUGACUAUGUCCUAUAUAUACAAAAAAAAAAACAACAAGAUAUUAAACCUUGGUUUACACUACCAGUUCCUGGAUAUAAAGUAGAAGAAGUAUUAUCGAUAGAUGAAAUUGAUGCACCCCAUCCGCACUGUAUAACGCUUCAUAAAGAAAAUAAAAAAGAAUUAACGUAUUAUCUUUGUUCUGAUAAAAAAGAAGUCAUUAAUAAAUGGAAAAAUCAUCUUUGCUACGCUAUCCGACUCGAGAAACUUACGGAAAAAGAAGAUGUUUAAAGUUAUCAUGUUUUAUAAAACAAACAAAUGAAAUGAAAAAGAAGAAAUAAUGAGAUAUUUAAAUGUUUUGUAAUUUUUCAAAUAUUUUAACAUGUAAGUAUUUUUUUUUUUUUAAAUAAUGAAUUAUACAUAUAUUUUUCUUUUGAAAGCAUUAUAUAUUUCAAUGGCGAAAUCA